AUGAUCAAUUCUCUGUGUGGAACCAUGGGGUCGCUCAAGAAUGAGAGCUCCUGCACCACCAAGAUCCACCCGCCAACCUCGCCGACGGACUCGUCUUCCCUCUCGCUCUCGGAGUCCAGGAAGACGCCUCCUCCUCCGUCUGAGAUGGAGCCCAGCAGCUUGACCACGCCGAGCCUCAGCUUCCCCUCGCUCAAGGCCCAGAUGGAAGAGGAAGCCGAAGUCCAGUCGCCCACCACCGCCCUCCUCGAGUCCUUCUUCUCCGACCAGAUCGACGGCGACUUCAUGAUCUCUUCCCCCGUCAGGGCUAACCACACCGCCCACAAUGGUACCAGCGCUAAUCUCCCGUCGCCUCGCAGUCCAAACUUCAGCUACAUCAACAGCUUGACCUAUGCCCACAACGUCCAAGGGCAGUCCCUCUCGUGGUACUCCCCGCCGCGGCUCUUCUCGUCCCCGCUCGGCCCGCUCCGUGGGAAGGGUAUGAGCCCUCUCCACAAGGUCUUCAAUUCGCCGAACAACAACAGUAGCAGCAGCAACAAUAAUAAUAGUAAUAACAACCACAAUAGCAGCAGCAACGAUAAUAACAAUAAUGAUAAUCAGUACAUGCAAGUCGGGAGCAACCUCGCUCUGCCCGCUAUCGAGGACUACUUGGAGGACUACCAGAAGGAUGAGUUCGGGGCAUAUCCCUCGCAGUUCGACGCCAGCCCGAUGCUGGAGUGCGUGUCGGUAGGACCGAGGUAUGGCGGGCCGAAGAGCGAGACGGUGGGGAGCAGGUCUCGGAUCACCCAGGAGAGUGAUGUGUACCAUCAGGUGAGCUGCGUGUCGAGCUCGCAGAUGCCACUGUCCCAGCAGCUGCGACAAGAGCACCUCCAUGAGAAGCGGCAACAGCAACAUACUGAUGAGUUGACGCAGCAGCAUCCAAACCUGACUGACACUUUGAUGAUGCCCAUCGCUACCGAACAGGAACAAGACAGUGGACUUCAACUUGUGCACCUCCUCCUCGCGUGUGCUGAAGCAGUGGCCAAGGAGGACUACAUGCUGGCCCGGAAGUACAUCCACCACCUCAACCGCAUUGUCUCGCCCAUCGGUGACUCCAUGCAACGGGUCGCCUCCUGCUUCACCGAAGCCCUGAGCGCUCGCCUCGCCGCCACCCUCGCCACUCGCCCCACCUCCUCCUCCGCGAAGCCCUUCUCCCCCCUUCCCCCAAACUCCCUCGAAAUCCUCAAGUACUACCAAAUCCUCUACCAGGCCUGCCCCUACAUAAAAUUCGCCCACUUCACCGCGAACCAGGCCAUCUUCGAGGCGAUCGAGUUCGAGGAGCGUGUCCACGUGAUUGACCUAGACAUCCACCAGGGCUACCAGUGGCCAGCCUUCAUGCAGGCCCUGGCCGCCCGGCCUGGCGGGGCCCCCUUCCUCCGGAUAACAGGAGUCGGCCCAGACAUCGAGGCCGUGUGCGAGACUGGCCGGUGCCUUACCGAGCUCGCCCACUCCCUCCACAUCCCCUUUGAGUUCCACCCGGUCGGCGAGCAGCUCGAGGACCUCAAGCCCCACAUGCUGAACCGGCGGGUUGGGGAGGCACUGGCCGUGAACUCCGUGAACCGCCUCCACAGAGUCCCCGGAAACUGCCUCGGGAGCUUGCUCUCCAUGAUCCGCGACCAGGCCCCGAACAUCGUGACCCUCGUCGAGCAGGAGGCGAGCCACAACGGGCCCUACUUCCUGGGUCGGUUCCUCGAGGCACUGCACUACUACUCGGCCAUCUUCGACUCGUUGGACGCCACGUUCCCGCCGGAGUCAGCACAGAGGGCGCAGGUGGAGCAGUACAUCUUCGCGCCGGAGAUCCGGAACGUGGUGGCGCACGAGGGGGCGGAGCGGACGGCGCGGCAUGAGCGGCUCGAGAAGUGGAGGAAGGUGAUGGAAGGGAAGGGGUUCAAGGGGGUGCCGCUGAGCGGGAACGCGGUGACUCAGUCGAGGAUUUUGCUGGGUCUGUACUCGAGCGACGGGUACCGGUUGACGGAGGACAAGGGCUGCUUGCUCUUGGGGUGGCAAGAUAGGGCCAUCAUCGGGGCCUCUGCAUGGCGAUGUUAA